AUGCCAGGUGUUAUUAUGCUCGGUUCGAUGUUCGCUCUUUUCGCGUUGGAGAUGUAUAUGAAUGCCAAAGUUGGAGGUCAUAGUCAUGGUGGAGCUACGGGAGAAAGUAUAAGCCACGGUCAUGCCGGUGGCGGCCAUGGACAUGCCCAUGCCCAUGCUCAUGGCGGUGGUCACAACCACCCCGUAGCUGGUGGAAAUUCUGAUAUUUCGUGGCCAAAGGAGAACAAAGUGAUGAAUGAUGAUGCAUCGUCGGACGAGUGGUAUGAGGAGAAGGCGGCGUUUAAGGUUUAUGCUGGUGCAAAUCGAUUCGAAAGUUCAUACUUAUCCAAGCCUUCUGAGAUGCCUACCUGGUUCAUGGUGUUUUACGAACAAUACGUGCGAGAACGCGAAUAUAUGCAGGCAAUGCUUCGCACGUCACAGCGCCGAUACGAGUCCUCCUCAAAUGAACUACCAGCCAGCGAGAUGCCAAGGGAUCCAGAAGCUGGAGAGGUGGACCCACAGGUGCUCAAGAAGAUGUCGUUGAACAUCACCAUCCUUGAAGGUGGUAUUCUGUUCCAUUCCGUUUUCGUCGGAAUGACAGUUUCCAUUGAGUCCGAAGGCUUUCUGAUAUUGCUUAUCGCGAUUUUGUUCCAUCAAGCAUUCGAAGGCCUGGGUCUCGGCUCUCGAAUCGCUGCCGUCCCAUAUCCAAAGGGCUCGCUUCGUCCGUGGUUUUUGGUGCUGGCGUUUGGUACCACGGCCCCAAUUGGACAGGCCAUUGGCUUGAUUGCUCGAAAUAGUUAUGACGCACAGAGCGAGUUUGGAUUAAUUAUCGUUGGAGUAUUCAAUGCGAUAUCCUCCGGUCUCCUCAUCUACGCUGCCCUUGUCGAUCUACUAGCGGAAGACUUUUUGUCGGAAGAGGCGGAGCUAUUAACCAAGCAGCAAAAGAUUUCUGGUUUCAUAUUCGUCUUGAUGGGAGGUAAGCCGUACACAAAACCCCUCGCAUAUGAACCCCUUACUCCAGAUACUGACAAGUCCCAAAAAGCGGCGGCCAUGUCCAUUGUCGGCGCAUUUGCCUAA